GAGUUUCGAGGAGCUGGAGCUACAACCGUUUCUGAUGAGCAACAUCCGGGACGCAAGUUUCGAUCACCCGACUCCGAUCGAGUAUUUUGGCAUCCCGAAGAUGGUGGCAAUGGACCCGGAAACGGGUCUAUUAAUGCACGAAGCGAUGAUUUGGAGCUCUCAAACAGGGGCUGGCAAAACUACCGCUUAUGUGCUGGGACUGCUGGAGUUGCUGGCACGCGGGGAAGCUCCCCGCGAAGCGGCAGAAAAUCCCCGCGCCUGCCAGCCCCGCGCCAUCAUCAUCGCCUCAAUCCACGAGUUGGCCGAGCAGAUCGCUAACGAGGGUCGUAAAUUCGCAGCGGGUAGCGGGCUGCACGUCGAGGCACUUUACGGCGGGACGUUGGUGAAUAAUUGCAUCGAUCGACUGGAUAAGAAUAUCGACAUUGUCGUGGCGACGAUCGGGCGACUCCGGGAUUUCAUGGAACGAGACCUGCUCGACACGGGUCGCUUGGAAUAUCUCGUAGUCGACGAAUUCCACGAAUUUGUCGACUCCUGGAAGUCCGCCUCGACGACGAUCGACUUUAACAGUGAUCUGGAAGAAUUGGAUCGAGCCCAGAAUUAUAAGGAUUUCUCGGAUGGCAGAAUCCCCGUCCUCAUCGCGACGAACGCCGCAGCAAACGGGCUCGAUUUUGGGGCACGCGGCGUGCAGCACGUCAUCAAUUUUGAGUUGCCAUCUGCUUACGACCACAAAUUCACGUAUAUCGAGCGGAUCGGGCGCACCGGGCGCGCCGGAAAAUCCGGCCGUUCCACUACGUUUUUUGUCGAUGACCUGACGGAUGACGUGCCCCAGUUCAUUCUGGAUACGGCGAACGGCCUCGACUGCCACCAUCGCAGGGUGGCGGUGCCGAAUCUGCGGAUGGCCGAACACUUCUUGCUCCAAGCGCGUAGCGAGCACUUUUUGAGAAGC